UCUGCAUUUACUACACUUUUUUUCUUCAUUUCUCUCUUUUUUACUCCAAACCAACCAACCAACCCUUUAUAAGCCAUUCAUUCCUAAAAUUCUAUCUAUCAAGCACCGCCCUUCUCCUCCCUCAAUAAUUCAGCUUCCUAAUUCACCCGCGCGAUCCAUCCAUCCCCGCAAAUUUCCACAACCACACACACACACCCAACCUAAAAUAAAUAUAUAUUCUUUUGUGCCUAUAUUUUUAUUUUUUCUGGCACGCGAUGCCAAAAAGCUACGGCAAUGUAAGCAGAAUAUACACGAGCUAAUAAAUUCGAAUUGUAUUUCUAAAUACAAAAAUAUAUAGUUCAUUUAUAUAUUUUUCUAAAAAAAUUUUUUUAAUAAAGUAUUCUAUUAAAAUGCGUGAAUGCUCUUCUUCUUCUUCUUCCCCAUCCUGGCCUUCUACCCAACAAAAUACUUCUUCUUCAUAUUCUUCAUCAUUUUCUUCAUCUCCCUCAAUUAAUUCUUCCAAUUUAAUUUAUUUUCCUCUAAACAAUUGUCAAUCAACUUCUUCAAUUAAAAAUUCCAACAAUUUUUAUUUAAAUAUAAAAACUUCAAAACAACAAAAAUUAAAUAAAAAUGAAAAAGAAAAUCAAAAAAAUAAAAUUACUAUAUCAAAAAGAAAAAGAAAUAAUCCAAAUUUAAUUAUUGGAAUUAAAUUUGGGGGUAAAAAGCCCCAUCAAGUAGCUAGGAGAAAUGAAAGGGAACGUAAAAGAGUUCAGCAAGUAAAUGAUGGAUAUGAAAAAUUGGCAAACACUUUAAAUAAUUUCGAGCCAAUUUGUAAUGAAAGAAAAUUAACAAAAGCAGAAACAUUAAAAACAGCAAUUUUAUAUAUUAAACAUCUCGAAGAUUUAUUAAAACAGCAACCUUUGGAAAAACAAAAUAAAAUUAAAAAUGAAAAUAAUUCUGAGAAUUCAACUAAUUUUUGUCAGAAUUUAAAUUUUUCUGAAGAAAAUCAAAAACAAUUUUUAAUCAAAAAUUCAAAUACUCCAAACUUUAUUUAUUCACCAUCACCACCACCAACAAUUAAUACAAAUUAUAAUGUAAAUAAUAAUAAUAAUAUUUAUUUAAAUAAUAAUAAUUCAUUUCAAAAUUGUUCAUUUCCUUAUAUCAAACAAAAAUAA